AACAGUGGGGACAAAAUGGAGAAAAUAGCAUUAUCCCGGUUCUAUAAAUUGAAGGGGCCAUAUACUCUGGUAAUACGCCGUGAAACAGUUCCGAUUCAACACAGUCGGCCAACAAUGGUUGUGAAGGUUUACGGCUCAGCGUUUGCUUCCCCAAAGCGAGUGCUUGCAUGUCUGAUCGAGAAGGAGAUCGAAUUCGAGACAGUCCCUGUUGAUUUGCUUAAAGGAGAGCACAAAGCCCCUGAAUUCCUCAAGUUGCAGCCUUUUGGAACAGUUCCUGUCACUCAAGAUGGAGAUUACGUUUUAUAUGAAUCCCGUGCGAUCAUGAGGUACUAUUCAGAGAAAUACAAAUCACAAGGGACUGAUCUGCUGGGAAAGACGAUUGAGGAAAGGGGGCAAGUGGAGAAUUGGCUUGAGGUGGAGGCACACAAUUUCAAUCCACCCGUUUACAAUCUCACCGUUCAAGUGCUGUUUUCAUCCAAGCUGGGGUUCCCUCGAGACGAGAAGCUGAUAAAGGAGAGCGAGGAGAAGCUGGGGAGAGUGCUGGAUAUUUACGAGGAGAGGCUGUCGAAGAGCAAGUACUUGGCGGGUGAUUUCUUCAGCCUGGCCGACCUUAGCCACCUACCGUUCACUCAGUACUUGGUAGGUCAGAUCGGUAAGGAGUACAUGAUCAGCAGCAGGAAGCAUGUGAACGCUUGGUGGAACGAUAUCAGCAGCCGAGCAUCUUGGCAAAAGGUUCUCCAGCUCUACCCUGCUCCGGUCUAACAAGUGAUGGGGUUUUUUUUUUUUUUGCUUUGUUUUAACAGUUUGAAUAAAUGUUCUUAGAACUCAGUUUCUAUGGUUACAGCUGUGUUGUCCUGUGUUUGAUGUUAUGAAUAAAGGUGAAUAUGGGUUUCAGUGCUCUUAACCUUA